UUUUAGUGAAGUUGAAGUACAGCAUAAUCAGACAGGAGUGUCACCAGGACAACACUUUGACAUUGAUAACCUUACAAUAGGCGCACCCCAUACAACAAACAAUCCUGAAGGUACAUAUAUGCGCAGAGAGCAAAAGAGCAGGACGACACCUAGAUUAUUAUAUCCACGUCGAGGCACCAUGUCUUUGGGAGCUUUAUUUGUAUGUCUUUUGCAACCUUGGUCUCUUUCUGGACUUAUUAUGCCAGGUACAGAUACGUCAAGUUUGCUAAAUGACGUCUCCUCACUGAAACAGAGUGUGGCAAGUCUUCAAUCGACCACCAGGCAGUUGCAGAAAGAUCUACAGUCAACUAAAAAUGAUCUGCACUCGGCUAAAGAACAGGUUUCAAAGUUGUCCAAAAAUGUUGCAUCCAGAAUCAGAGAUGUGGCAUUCCACGUAAGCAAACCUUCCCCUGACCAAACAACCUACACUCCUCUGACAUUCGGCACCAUCCUCUACAACUCUGGUUCAGGCUAUAGCUCCAAAUCAGGAGUGUUCACAGUACCAGUGUCAGGGACCUACAUGUUCUGGACUCAGAUAGAAAUCAAUGAGUCAGACGCUUACAUGAAUGUUUGGAUCAAGAAGGAAGGAAAAGGAAAGAUUCUGGCCUCCGGUUGGGUGUCAACAGACUCGACUAUCGAUGACGCUGCUGCUUCUGCUAAGGCUGUCGUACGCCUGAAAAGGGGCGAGAAGGUGUGGGUGGAGAUAACGGUGAAACACAGACUAGUUGAAAAUGCCGCAUCAUACUUUGGUGGCGUCCUGCUGUCAGUUCACUAAGCACAAGUCUACAUUAAAGCAUUAUGACUGCAAA